AUGCUUGCCGCCACCCGCAGCACGCGCGCCUUUGUGCCUGCCCGCACCUUUGCCCGCCUCGCGUCCACCUCGAGCCACAAGUUCGUCGUCGUCGGAGGCGGCACCGCAGGCGUCACCGUCGCAGCUCAGCUCCGACGCGCCUUUGCCGCAGAGAAGCGGCCCUUGAAUGACGGCGACAUCGCCAUCAUCGAGCCCGCAGCCGAGCACCACUACCAGCCUGGAUGGACCCUCGUCGGCACCGGCCUCUCGUCCCUCGACCAGAUGCGCAAGCCCAUGGACGCCGUCAUCCCUGCAGGCGUCAAGCGCUACACCGCCCGUGUCUCGACCUUCCAGCCCGAGCAGAACCAGGUCACGACCGCCGACGACGCCCAGAUCAAGUACGACUUCCUCAUCGUCGCGCCCGGCCUCAAGAUCAACUUUGACGCCGUCAAGGGCCUCAACGAGGGCCUCGCCGACCCGACCUCGGCCGUCUCGAGCAUCUACGCUCUCAACACGGUCGAGAAGACGUGGCGCAACAUCGAGGCCUUCAAGAAGGGCACGGCGAUCUUCACCCAGCCAGCCGGCAUCAUCAAGUGCGCCGGUGCUCCGCAGAAGGUCCUCUGGAUGGCCGAGUCGCAGUGGCGCAACGAGGGCGUUCGCGACCAGGUCAAGCCCGUAUUCGCGACUGGCACCCCGACCAUGUUCGGCGUCCCCAAGUACUCUGCCGCGCUCGAGCAGAUCCGCAAGGACCGCAACGUCGAGGGCCUGUUCAACCACAACCUCGUCGCCGUCGACCACCGCCGCAAGGUGGCGACGUUCGCUGCGGGCCCCGACGGCAACAAGGUCGAGCGCGAGUUCGACCUGCUUCACGUCGUGCCGCCCCAGGUCGCGCCCGACUUUGUCAAGCAGUCGCCCCUCGCCGACGCCGCCGGGUGGGUCGCCGUCGACCCGGCCACGACCCAGUCGACCAAGUUCGCCAACGUCUUCUCGCUCGGCGACGCGUCGAGCAUGCCCAACUCGAAGACGGCCGCCGCCAUCUCGAGCCAGGCGCCCGUCCUCGUCGACAACCUGCGCGCGCUGCACGACGGCCACGAGCUGCCCGCCAAGUACGACGGGUACGCGAGCUGCCCGCUCUUGACCGGCCACAACGAGCUCAUGCUCGCCGAGUUCAAAUACGGCGGCGUCCCCAAGGAGACGUUCGCGCCCAUCCUCGGCUCGCAGGACAAGCCCAACCGCCUCUACUUCCACCUCAAGAAGGACCUCUUCCCGCGCGUCUACUGGUCGUCGUUCCUCAACGGCACCUGGUUCGGCCCCAAGGGCUUCUUCCGCCCGGUCGACUACCUCCACACCGCCUAGACUCGUCUCUACACCUGCACACCGACCUACACCUAGACCUCGCCCGACGCCAGCUCGACAUCCUGCAUCCCCAAGAGCGGGCGCCCUUCCUGUUCCUCAACCUCAGCCUCGUCCUCUCGUCCUCAUUCUCCAACCUCGUUGUCCCACUCGCAUUGUUCCCCUCCCCUCUCUCUCUCUCUCUCUCUCUCUCUCC